AUGAUGGAUUCAUUCAUGCAACAAGGCGGCUUUGCUGCACAAGAAAAGGGCAACAGCAUCAGCAGUUAUGCGAACAGCAAUCGCAACAGCAACAGCAAUAGCAACGGUGCUUCCUCCUUCUUCAUGCCUGGAGAACUUGGGAGAGCCAACGAUUUCAUCAGCUCACUCACAGAACAAGAAAUUGGAGCUCUGAACUCGAGUUACCAUGAGAAGCAAGCUCAGCAUGCGUCUGUUGAUUCUAAUAAGGAAUCUUCAGCAACUACCGUUUCUGCCACAGCUUCCCUCGCAGGCUCAUCAUCACCGCAAGCAGAUAACGAUCCUUAUUCUCAAUUGUUUCCAGUCUUGUCCAUGCAGACGGAUGCAUCAGCCUCAGCAUCAGCCUCAGCGUCUUCCAGCGUGGAGCAACAAAUGAACAAUCUGUUCAUGCCGACUCCCAUCGGUGGAAGUUGCAACAUUGUUUCCACCAAGGAUCAAGUGCCUCUCAACUACAGCCUGAUUUCUCAAACCAACUCGCUGGCACAGAUGUUUCAUCAUCACCAACAAGGCUCAAACAAUGCAUCAGGCCAAAGCUCCUCCGCUGUCCUCAACAGGCAGCCCUCACCAAGCAACAAGAAACUGAAUAACAUCUCUUCCAUGGACUCCCUCUUUCCCAAUCUUUCCUUUACUGGUAUCCACAAGAUUGCGGAAGCAGACUUUGGAAGUGCUUCUUCCCCACUCAUUGCGGCUGCUGCGGCGGCUGCAUCUCCAAGAGCGAAUGCGCUUUCGCUAGCCUUUCAACAACAACAACAACAACAAGCAACAAUGGUGCCACCCAAGAUUUCUUCGUAUGGUGCUCCCUCCAUUUCCACCUCGAGUUCGUCGGUCAGCAUGCUCACCGCCAAUGCUGAUGACUUUGAUGAUCUUCAACAUCGAUCGCAACAGUCGACACGAUGGAAGGAACGCUACCAAGAGCUCAUUUUGUACAAGAAGGAUCACGGAGAUUGCAAUGUUCCCUAUCUUUGGAGCAGCAAUCGGCCUUUGAGCGAAUGGGUGAAACGACAACGCCAUCAAUACAAACUCAAAAAGGAAAACAAGCAUUCCGCCUUGACGGACGAACGUGAAAUGCUACUCACGCAACUUGGAUUUGUGUGGAACUCGCGAGCUUCCUUGUGGGAUGGACGAUUCCAAGAAUUGGUGGAAUACUUUCAUCAACAUGGCAAUCUGAAAGUGAGCAAACGAACGGCCAAACAUAGAGCACUCUCCGUCUGGCUCAAACGACAACGGCAUGCGUGUCGAUUGUUCCUGUCCGGGGAUCGAUCUACUUGUAUGACGGAAGAACGCAUGCAAAAACUAUUAGACUUGGGGGUCAAGAUUAAUAAGAAGGCUUGA